AUGCAAGGAAUCAUAUCUAUCAUAGCUUUGGCAGGCACUGCUUUGGCCGCCUCCUCUCAGCUGUCGCUGAUCCAGUUGGUGCCCUCAUCGUUCGUGUACACCAACCUGUCGACACCCAACUCGCAUGCCCUCGCUGCUGGGGCUGCCACCUCGCUGGCUCCAUCCUCCUCCAAAAAGCAAAGAUCCACCAUCUACGACUAUGCCACUGCCACCGACCUUGACCAGGUGGAAAUCACCCGUACCGUGUGUAGCGCAGGCUCGUGCUCUGUCACCACCGAGAUCGAAAGCAAGACCACAUACACCACCACCGUGGACGGUGUGUUGACUGUGAUAACCACCCAGGUGCCUGCCACUAGAAGCUCUUCUGGCUCUGCUCCUGCCACCUCUGUCACCUCCACUGCUCCCUCGAAGUCCUCAUCUCCAGCUGGUCCAGUUUCACAGGGGGCCAAGGCCGGCUCCAGUGCUCAGCCUGAUUCUGUAGUUACUGGCUACAUUACCAAGGAUGCCACUGCCACCGAGUACGCCACCACAGUCGUCACCAUCACCUCAUGUUCUGCCAACAAGUGUUCUGCGACUGUGGUCACCACUGGCUUGACUACUGUUACUGAAGACCACACCACCUACACCACCUACUGUCCUUUGACCACCACCACACCCACCAAGGCUGCAACUACCCCUGCCACCACCAAGGCUGAAACUACCCCAGUGGUCACUUCUGCUGCUGGAGUGUCUACUGAAACAAAUAUCAGACACACCGUGAUCACCAUCACCUCGUGCAGCGACAACAAGUGCACUGCCAUCCCUCACACCACAGGUGUUACCACCGUGACCGAGGAACACACCACCUACACCACUUACUGUCCUUUGACGACUUCAGCAUCGGAAACUAAGCCAGAAACUGCCCCACCAACUUCUGAAAAAACCACUGAAAAGACUACUGAAACCAGCGAGGCUCCAAAGACCACUGAGACCUCCACCAGCAAGUCCCCUAAGACCACGGUAGCCAAGCAAACCACCGAAUCCUCCGUGGUUUCCACCAUCAACGUCAUCAGCAACAACAUCCAAACCCAAACCCCAGGUGCCACCACUCUCGUGCAGUCCUCUUCCAAGGUGGCUCCUGCUUCAUCGUCUCCAGUCGUAUCUGCCUAUGACAACGGCGCUGCCACUAUUACAUUUACCGGAAUGCUUGCAUUCGUAGGGUCCGUCUUGUUGAUGAUCUAG